AUGUUUCCAAACCGGGCCGAUCAGUAUAAUGGGAUUCUCCAGCUACUGUUUUAUUUCAACUGGAUAUGGAUUGGGGUGGUUUAUCAAAAUGAGGAUAUUACAGAGGAGUUUGUAGAAAAGGUACUCCCUAGUUUUUCCCAAAAAGGGAUCUGUUUCGAUUUCAUUGAGAGGCUUCCGAAACAAACCUUUUCUGAUUAUAUACCUGAAAGCAUUGAAGAGGGCACAAAAAAAAUGAAGGUUGUUAUGGAAAGCAGUGCCAAAGUAGUAGUUAUUCAUGGUGAAAUUCAUGCUCUGAUGUUUUUCAGAAUCAUGAAAGCAUAUGUCGACUGGGAUAAUAUUACAAUGAAAACGAAAGCUAAAGUUUGGGUCAUGACAGCCCAGAUAGAAUUCAUAUCACUACCAUUUCAAAGAAAUUGGGAUAUCAGUUUCCUCCAUGGUGCCCUAUCAUUUGCCCUUCCUUCAAAAGAGUUGCAUGGAUUCCACAGAUUUCUUCAAAUGAGAAACCCCCUCUCAGAAAAAAAAGAUGGUUUCUUGUUAGAAGUUUGGCAGCAUGCUUUUACUUGCUUGUUUUCUGAUGGUGAAAUAGAUGAAAGAGUUGAAAAACAAUGCACCGGGGAAGAGAAGCUGGAGACUCUUCCUAUGACUCUGUUUGGAAUGAGCAUCACUGGCCACAGCUACAGCAUCUACAAUGCUAUCUAUGUUAUUGCACAUGCUUUUCAUGCCAUGCACUUAUCCAGCAAACAAAAUACAUUGGUAAAGGCAAAGAGCUUGGACCUUAUCAAUCAGCAUCCAUGGAAGCUCCACCAUUAUUUGAGAAGCACCUCAUUCAAUAACAGUGCUGAGGAAGAGAUUUCUUUUGAUCAGAAUGGAGAAUUAGUAGGUGGUUUCAAUAUUUUAAAUUGGAUUAUGUUUCCCAAUCAAUCUUUUCUGAGAGUUAGCAUUGGUAAGAUAGACACAAAGGAGUCCUCAGGCAAAAUUCUUACUAUCCAGGAAGAUGCCAUUGUGUGGCCUGGGAUAUUUAACCAGACACGGCCCCUCUCUCUCUGUAAUGCCCGUUGCCAUUUAGGGUAUACUAAGUCCAAGAAGGAAGGGGAACAAUUCUGCUGCUAUAAUUGCAUUCCCUGUUCAAAUGGGAAGAUUUCAGACAAAGAAGAUAUAGAGGAUUGUUUUGAAUGCCCUGAGGAUCAAUACCCAAACAGAUUCAAGGAUGGAUGCCUUCCAAAACAAAUAACUUUUCUAUCUUAUACAGAACCUUUGGGGAUCAUUCUGGCGAUGCUUGCUUUCUGCUUUUCUCUCUUCACAGCUUUGGUGCUUGGAAUCUUCAUGAAACACAAAGAAACACCCAUCGUCAAAGCCAACAACCGAAGUCUCAGCUAUAUUCUACUGAUCUCUCUCCUGUUCUCUUUCCUUUGUUCUUUGCUGUUCCUUGGCAAGCCUGAACAGUGGAAGUGCCUCCUUCGGCAAACUUCCUUUGGCAUGAUUUUCACCAUAGCCGUUUCUUGCAUAUUGGCCAAAACCAUCAUAGUGCUUUUUGCUUUCAUGGCUACCAAGCCUGGAUCUCGAAUGAGAAAAUGGGUGGGGAAAAGAUUCUCUAACUCCAUUAUAUUUUCUUGUUCCUUUAUUCAAGCCCUGAUUUGUAUUGUGUGGCUGGCCACCUCCCCCCCUUUCCCUGAUUUUGAUUUGCAUUCAGUGACUGAAGAAAUUAUACUACAAUGUAAUGAAGGUUCAGCAUUCAUGUUUUACUGUGUCUUGGGCUUUAUGGGUUUCCUGGCCAUUGUCAACUUUGUAGUGGCUUUUUUGGCCAGGAGAUUGCCUGACACAUUUAAUGAAGCCAAGUUUAUUACCUUCAGCAUGUUGCUAUUUUGCAGUGUUUGGAUGGCUUUUGUUCCAACUUACCUAAGUACCAAAGGGAAGUACAUGGUGACUGUAGAAAUCUUCUCCAUUUUGGCCUCCAGUUUUGGGAUACUGAGUUGCAUCUUUUUCCCCAAAUGCUACAUCAUUUUGCUGAAGCCAAAUCUGAAUACGAGGCAGCAGUUAACAAGAAAAAAUAAAAUCUGA